AUGGUCGCCACUUACUUUAACCUGGAUAAGAUACCGCCGGACUUCUUCUUCGCCCUAGGUACGGAUUUACACCCGAUGGAGAAUCGACGUGGGAAACGGAUACGUAGAUGGGUUUAUGUGCACCAACGCUCAGUGACACGAACGGAUUUGAGCACUCCCUUCCCUUUCAAUCGCACAUCGUACAUCAUUGACCGAUUAGAAAAUCCUGUACCUUUGGCAGGAAUUGGUGAAUUGUUAGAAGACAAUGGGAACGACGAUGAAAUAGAAAAUAUUGCCAUUAACGUAAUCGUUGAAAUUGCAGAAGGUUUCGUUCAAAGAAUACAUAGGACAUGCAUAACCAAUUACAUUGAAAAUACAGUGCCUAUGUAUACAGAUAGAGAAUUUGUUAUGCAUUUUCGUUUGAAAAGAACGCUUUUUAUGAGUAUAGUAGAGAAAUUUAAUCAUUGGCCAUAUUUUAGAAAUUUAGGAGGAAAUGGAGGAUUCAAGGUAGUUUCAGCUGAAAAACAUAUUCUCACUUUUUUAUGGUUUGCUGGCCAUCAAAGUGCUAGUUUCAGAGAUGUUGCUGACAGAUUCGAUCUCUCUCUUAGUACUCUUGAAUCUGUCUUACGGAGGGUUACACAGUUUUUGUAUGAUAUGAGGAAUGAAGUUAUUCGGUAUCCUACUGAAGUAGAGAGACAAAGAACGCAAAGAUACUAUCUUGAAAGUAAAGGUUUUCCAGGAGUAAUUGGAUGUAUUGACGGCUCACAUAUCCGUAUUGACAAACCUUCUGAAGACCCAGUGGCUUAUAUCAAUAGAAAGCAUUAUUUUUCUGUACACAUGCAAGGGACCGUUAAUGAACAGAAAAAGUUUUUAGAUGUAUUAAUUGGCUAUCCUGGUUCAGUGCACGAUGCAAGAGUAUUUGCAAAUUCCAGUUUGGCUGAAGAUUUGCCAAUAUUUUGUGGAAAUGGAAGCAUACUUCUUGGAGAUGCUGCAUAUCCAUGCCUUCUCCAAUUAAUUACUCCAUAUCGGGAUAAUGGACAUUUGACACAGGCCCAAAGAAAUUUUAAUCGUAUACACAGUCAAUGCAGAAUUUCAGUUGAGCAUGGAUUUGGAAUACUGAAACAACGUUUCAGACAGUUAUAUUUCCUCAAGUUGAGGAAUAUGCAAUUUAUCGUCAAAUUCAUCUUCGCUUGCUGCGUUCUUCACAAUUUGGCUGACUUGGAUGAUUUG